AAGACAGAGAGCUCGGUUUUCCAGUGCAGUGCUGGGUCUGUCGGAGGGGGGAACACGCUCCAAAGAUCCAGCAAUUCCGAUCAAGUCCGAACUGCCUUCCCCUCAUCUCCCAGACCCCCAGGACCGUUGACCCUCCGUCUCUGAAACUGAACUGCGGGCACACUCUCAAGCAAUUGCUCGUAACUCAACACCAAGGGUUUGGGCUUGGUGGGCUAAUGGUUCACCGAAUCCGAUUCCAUUUGGGAUUCAUUCCAUCCGGAUACUGCCUGCCACCAUGAAGCGGAUUUUCUGCUCACCCACAGUGAAGAGCACAACCAAGAGACAGACCAAGGCUGAGAAGAAGCUACGGAGUGCCGUGGAACAGGGAGAUGUUGGCAAGGUGCAUGCCAUCCUCAAAGGUGGUACGGUGGUGGCAUCCAAGCUGGACUCUGAUGGGAGAUCUCCCCUCCACCUCGCAGCAGCUCGAGGGAGAACGGAGUGUUUGGAGAUCCUACUGUCCUACCAACUCAACGUGGAGGCUCGUGACAGAGACGGUUGUACUGCACUGCAUGUGGCGGUGAGGAAUUCCCAGUUGGACUGCAUCAGGAGCCUGGUGAAG